AUGAUCGUACAUGAGAAAGCUGUUCCAUCGACAGAGUAUUUUGACGAAGCUAUGGGAGAGAUGGUUACAGUUCCCGGAAACAUGCAUAAAGAGCCAACUAGUAAGAAAAGGCGGAAAGAGCGCAGGAGAAAAGCUAGAGAAGCUAUGAAGAAUGGCCUGGUUCCUGAUGAAGUUGAUAAUGAUACAAGGCGAAGAAGAAGAUGA